AGUCCAGUGGCCGCGGGGAACUGGGCGGCGCGUCGGGACAAGCUACCAUGGACAGAGCCUGCCGCUCCUGGGAGCAAAGCUGAAUCCUCUGUGAUUGCGGCACUUGGCCAGACAUGCCAGUAUCCCUGCACCCAGGCACCCCGGCACCCGCCUUCUGACACCCACCCACGGCUGCAGCUGCGCCAACUACAGCAGCACUGGGUGAACAUCCUCAAUAAGCUUUGACUCUUGGACUUAAGCCAGAAGAGGAAUAGCUAAAACUCAGAGAUGCCAGUACUUGAGAAAACACCCCCCAAAAUGGCUGAAAAGGAUGCCAGUAGCAAAGAAGAAGCUAUGCUGCCCAAACUUCCUGUACCACCACUGCAGAAGACCCUGGCCAUGUACCUCCAGUGCAUGAAACACCUAGUGCCUGAGGAGCAGUACAAGAAGAGCAAGGUGAUUGUGGAGCAGUUUGGGGCCCCUGGGGGCCUAGGGGAGAGCUUACAGCAGAAACUCUUGGAAAGAAGGGAGAAGACAACAAACUGGGUCUUUGAGUACUGGCUGGAUGACAUGUAUCUCAACAAUCGUUUGGCUCUUCCAGUCAACUCCAGUCCAGCUGUGAUCUUUGCUCGACAGAACUUCCAAGAUGUGAAUGAUCAGUUAAGGUUUACAGCCAAUCUCAUUUCUGGAGUGCUUGACUAUAAAGCCUUACUGGACAGCCAUUCCAUACCUAUUGACUGUGCCAGAGGACAGCUAUCUGGCCAGCCUCUCUGUAUGAAGCAGUACUAUGGGCUCUUCUCUUCCUAUCGUCUUCCAGGACAUACAAAAGAUACUCUUGUGGCUCAGACAAGCAGUAUUAUGCCUGAACCAGAGCAUAUCAUUGUGGCUUGUAACAAUCAGUUCUUUGUCUUGGAUGUGGUCAUUAAUUUCCGUCGCCUCAGUGAGGGGGAUCUAUUCACUCAAUUGCGAAAGAUAGUCAAAAUGGCUGACAAUGAGGAAGAAAGGUUACCACCGAUUGGUCUGCUGACAUCAGAUGGGAGAACAGAAUGGGCUAAGGCCAGGACGAUCCUUGUGAAAGAUUCAACCAACCGUGACUCCCUGGACAUGAUUGAACGGUGUAUCUGCUUGGUGUGUUUGGAUGCACCAGGAGGCAUGGAGCUCAAUGACACGAACAUGGCCCUUCAGCUCCUUCAUGGAGGGGGCCAUGGUAAAAAUGGGGCAAAUCGCUGGUAUGACAAGUCCAUGCAGUUUGUGGUGGGGCGAGAUGGAGUCUGUGGUACGGUAUGUGAGCAUUCCCCAUUUGAUGGAAUCGUCCUGGUACAGUGCACCGAACAUCUGCUCAGGCACAUGAAAGAGAGCUCAAAGAAGCUAGUUAGGGCUGAUUCUGUCAGUGAGCUUCCUGCUCCUAGAAGACUGAGAUGGAAAUGCUCACCCGAAAUUCAGGGACACCUGGCUUCAUCAGCAGAGAAACUUCAAAGGAUAGUAAAGAAUCUGGACUUCACUGUUUAUAAGUUUGAAAACUAUGGGAAAGAGUUCAUUAAGAAACAAAGGACCAGUCCAGAUGCUUAUAUUCAGGUGGCACUCCAGUUAGCCUUUUAUAGAUACCACCAGAGACUUGUCCCCACAUAUGAAAGUGCUUCUAUUCGCCGAUUUGAAGAGGGACGAGUUGACAACAUUAGGUCGGCAACUCCUGAAGCUCUGGCUUUUGUGAAAGCGAUGAUUGAUGAAAAAUCAUCUGUACUGGACUCAGAGAAGAUGCUUCUUUUAAAAGAGGCCAUCAGGGCUCAAACAGAAUACACUGUUUUGGCCAUCACUGGUAUGGCAAUUGACAAUCAUUUACUCGGUCUGAGGGAAAUGGCCCGAGGACUUCUCAAAGAGCUGCCAGAGAUGUUCACAGAUGAAACAUACUUGACAAGCAAUCGAUUUGUCCUCUCGACCAGUCAGGUGCCAACCACAAUGGAAAUGUUUUGCUGCUAUGGUCCUGUUGUCCCAAAUGGUUAUGGCACUUGCUAUAAUCCUCAGGCAGAGCACAUAUUGUUCUGCAUCUCCAGCUUCCAUGACUGCAAAGAGACUUCUUCUAUCAAGUUCGCCAAAGCAAUAGAAGAAAGCCUCAUUGAAAUAAGAGAUCUAUGUAGCAAGCACAAUUCUGUGAUAGCAAAGCCACUGACCAAACAGGAAAAAGCCACGAAACCUCAAGAGGCAAAGAAGCUCUAAUUCUUUUCUCUACAUCACUAUAUAGGUUCUAUAAUUCCCAGUGUUCAUUCUGCAACCUUCAAGCCUGCAAACCUGUAGACUACCCCAGCUUUCUGUAACUUCCAAAUUCUUAGGAUAUAUUACUAAAAUUGUACUCAUAAGUACAUAAUAAUCAUAAGAAGCAACAACACUGAAAAGGGGAAAAUGCCAUUAAUUAUCAUAUGUUAGAAAUAGAAGUAUUUAUUCAAGAUUAAAACCAGUCUGAGUCUCGUGAAAUACUUAAGUCUUUGCUCCUUAGUCAGCAACACGGGGUAGCCUUAUUUAGUUGCAAGUAGUCCUGCCAAGGAUAUAGAAUGUAUUUCUAUAGAUGGAGAACCUCAGAGCUUUGGGAUUUUUUAUUACUUAUUUCAGUAUAGUACCAAGCCAAGUAAUGUUUUGCAUAACAUAAAAUGAUUCAUCUCAUAUAAUAAAUGGCAACCAAAAUGAAAUCCAUAACUAAAUGAAUAGAAAUGACAUUAGGGUUUUUUUAGGGGUAGAGAUUCAAAUUCCAAAUGACUGAUUCAUAUUGUUUAAAGAGUGCCAUUUCUGGGUUUGUUGGUUUUUUUUUUUUAAUGCUGUUACUGAGUUAUAUGAUGCAGUGAUUCCCAAGAAAAUUCAUUUCGAUUAAGAAUAUGAUGCCUUGGAGCUGAGAAUUAAUCCUCCCUUUCUUUUCUUAAGAAUAGUUUGGGGUAGAAUAUUGAAAAUCUAGACCUGUCACUCAUUAAAGAAGGGAAGACUUCUUACAAUUGCUCUCAUUUCAUUGCCUUUUCAGUCCCACUUGUGCAGAUAAAUGAAAACCCAAAAGACAAUAGAGUCAGGGAUGAGUGAAAUGCAGAAGCAGGGAGUAUAGUGUAACUUUAAUGGGAUAUUGUCCAUUUGGGGGGGGGCAGUUAAUGACCAUUAGUGUGUCUUCAGUGCACACCUCUCCCCCUCCAGAUUUUACCCAUAUCCAUUCUGAAAACACACAUGCAUGCGCACACACACACCCUCCCCAACAGAAACCAUUUUGGCUACUCUUUUCAUUUAGAAAGGGGUUUGCUUCUCCAGGUUUGGGUUUUUUUGGCCCAAAAUUUAGAGAUUACAACUAAGUUUAAAGACAGGACUUUACUUAUCACCCAGAUGUUAUUGUUAUUGCCAUGUGUGAUCCCAUCAUAAUAUACAUAGUGAAUCACUAGUCGCAUUAGCUACAUUCAGCUUUUAAAAAUCAAGACAUACUAUAUCCAUCCUUGAAGGAUGUUUCUCUGUUCUUAACUCUUUCCCUACCUGAAGUUGUAGUUUUCUUUGUAUCCCCAAUACUUAGCAGUGUGCCUGGCACAUAUUAGACUCUUAAUAAAUGAUUGUUGCCUUAAAGGGAUUAAAUCUUUUGAGCUAUAGCAGGAAGGAAUAGGUAUUUCCAUCUAGUAUGACUUAUAAGAAGUAAUUAAUUUAUUAUAUUUCAAAGACAUAGAUCUAUUUGAAGAAGCAAAGACUCAAGUUAUUUUCUAGGCUACCUCACUAUUAACUGAAAGGCAUAGCUAUUUCAUGUAUAAUAACUAUGAUUCUAUGGAAUGCUUUUUGAGUUUCUUAAGAUGGUUAAUUAACACAUUGCUGGUUGAACUAAACUCAUUUCUAUCACUAUAUAUGAUAGAAUAUAAACACAUAUUCCCUGUGCAAAGCUGUUAACAAGAUACUUAAUAUAUAUUAGAUGUUAUAAAAUGAGAUGUGCAUUUUUAUGCAAUUGGGGAGUUAUAAAUAUGGGUUUUCAACUGGCAGAAAAUAAUAGUUUUUCCCUUAAAGAAAUGGCACCGAAAAAGACUUGUCCAGCCCAAGAAGGCUUAGAAAUUUCAAAUAUUUAUGCAAAGGCAAAACUGAGCCAUAACCAUAGGAAUAUUUUAGGUGGCAUCUCUUACAUGUGUAUCCAAAGAGAAAAAGCAAUUAAACUUGGAGAUUCAUUCUGAAAUGAUGGAACAAAUGAAAAAUGUGUAUGACUUUCCCCUAUUCCCUAUAAUUUGCCAAAAUAUAGAGUUGAUAUUUUAGUCCUAUUUUUAUAAAAUAGUAUAGAUUUAUGGCACUGUGUAAAUUGUAUUUACAGUAUCUCAAUUUUAAGUUAUAGUUUUGUGCUUUAAAAAUGUGUGUAUAUGUAUGAUGAAAAAACUAUAUUGGUAACAUGACAAAGUAUUUAAGAAAUAUAAAUCUGUAUUCAAUAAAAAGCAAAGAAA